AUGCUUUUGUCCGAAUUACCUUUUGAAAUACUUUCAAAAAUUGCUUCGGAGCUUAGCCGUGGUAUUGUUAGUCAGUGCUGUCUUGUAUGUAAAGCGUUCCUAGAGCCCUUCCAAGAAUCGUUAUGGAGAGAUAUCAGGAUUUGUAAUCAAGAUGAUUUGGAUAUUAUAUGCUGUCCAGAAACACCAAAAGCAUACUCGAAAUUUGGACAUAAAGUACACAACUUGUGCUUGAUUACACAUGGAACCAUGACAGACCAUCAGCUCAAAUAUUUACAGAACCUCUUUCCACAUGUAAAAUCUUUAUAUAUUCAUGGAGUAAAUGCUGGUCCAUUUGACGAUAUAGCUUUGACUGGCCUAGGUCCCUGGUAUUCAGUAAAGAAUCUAGAUAUCACCUUUCUUGGGGAUUCGACUACUGCAAUCAAACAAGUCUAUUUAGCCCUCUUACCACUCUUUCCGAAUGUUAUAGACCUUAAACUCAAUUGUCGUUUUCAGGCGGGAGUAGCAUUCUAUGUGGAAGACUUUGAAAUCAUUCAUGCUUGUUUACCGCAGCUCAAACAUCUCCUGACAUCUGUAAGGCUUGGUAUGAUGACAACGAGAGAUCUGCUUCGUGUACCAGAAGUUCCUCCUGCCAAAAGCAUGUUGCGAUUUGAUGCAGGGCUUGAAGAUAUUGAUCAUAGAUGGCUAUGUUACUUUGCUCAAAAAUAUCCAAACUUGCAAGCAAUUAGAUGGGUUAUCGAUGAAGAAUAUGAAUCGGAUGAAGAAGUAUACAACGAAAUGGAUAUAGUGCCUCAGGAGACUAACAAUGACUAUGGAGAAUCUAUAGUCAGAUUCCACGAUCGGUACCAUUCUAUUGGUGAGGAUGGAUUCUAUCAUAGGCUAAAUCGCGGAGUACUUUACAAUAAAGAAGAAGCUCUUGAUAUGUUUUCAAGGCUUCCGCGAGUGUUUCCACAUUUGGAAACAACUGAUUUUUAUAGCACUGGAGAAACCGAUAUUAUUGGCCCUUUAAUUUGGAAGAUAUUUACGGUUUUCAAGGUACCGGUCAAGAACAUACAUUACUUUUUUGGGCACUACCUAGAGGAAGAGAAACUACUUCAUAACACCAUUCACAACUUUACCCUGGCAUUCUCUCAAACUAUUGAAGAACUUUUUAUCGAUAGCGUACUAUACUUUAAUAGUCGCCAAGAAAUUACAGCUUCAUUUGAACGCUGUCCUCACUUGACACAGCUAGAGAUCAAUAAAUGUAAUGUGUCGAUCGAUGUUGAUAUUUUAAUGGAUCGCUGUAUAUCUUUGAAGAAAAUAAAGAUUGCAGGUGGCUUGAUCACUGUGAGUUCAGAUACAGUAGAGAAUCCACCCUCUCACGGAUUACGGCUAUUAGAUCUCAAGGAGAUAAUUUUAGUACCUGGGGCACUUGAUCAUAUCUCAAAGCGUUGUAAAAGAUUAAACUAUAUGGCUCUAGAGAAUGUACAGAUUUUUGGUCAGGUAGAGGCUGAAGGUGGACUUUCGAUCGAUAUGUCUCUGACCCACUUCAAGCUUAUAUAUAUAUAUAAUGUGAACUUUAGUUCCAGCUUCGAGUUCAUAGAACUACGACCCAAAGACAUUGGAAUUACUAUUGUUUCAACCCCACAUUAUAAUAUAAAAUGGAAUGAUAAGCCGGGUCAGAUGUAUAAUAAAUAUAAGAAAUACGAUACGGAGGUUUCUCAGGAUCACACAGAGGAAUGCACUGAUAGCAAAGGGCCCAAUUCAUCUAAACUGCUCAUACUGGAUAAAGAAGAUAGCCAAAAUGCCUAUGUAUACUUUCAUAAAUUGAAGACCGUCAACAAAACACACGAAUCCGACCUGAUACAAGAGUGUUAUAAAAAAAAAUCUGAUAUAACACCAAAAAAAAGUGAAAAUCUUAGUUAUGCGAUUAUGAAAUGCGGGAAAAUAGAUGCCUAUGAAAUAAGGGUAUUUGGCGAAGGAAAAAAUGUAGAUUAUUGGAAAGACUGUUUUAAUACGUUUGGUACAGCCUGUUCUCGUAAUGAUAUGUCAAGCAUAUUUGAUUUUCGUGUAUAA